AUGGCUUCAAGUGCUAUGAUUCAAAUAGCUCUUCUAGGACUCCUAGUUGUGUCCACCACAUUUGCCGAAGUCAAGAAAGAGAAGAAAAGAGACACCUUAUUCAACCCAUUCUCAUUUGGAGCCAAGACUUUUGGCCCAUCAACCCCAGCUCCAUUUGCGUUUGGUAGCUCGUUCUCGACGACUGCUGCACCAUUCAAAUCCAUUUCUUACAGCUCUACACCAGCUCCGUUCGCGUUCGGCAACUCUUUCGGAAACUCUUUCGGCAACUCCUUCGGCAACUCUUUUGCGCCGAAUGCCUACUCCAACGCUGCCGCAGCUCAGUCCUUCGACGCUGCUUCGUUAGUUGGAUCGUCCACACCCACUCCAUUCUACGAUGGCUCUUUCGGUUCAUCUACCCCAGCAGCUUUCAUCGGAUCAUCCACUCCAGCACCUUUCGUGUCUGGCGCCGCUGUCUCUAGUGCCGCACUAUCCGACUCGAGCUUUGGGUAUUCUUCCACCCCCGCAGUUUUAGUGGGCGGAGCUUCACCAGUUGUGUCAUCCACCCCAGAACCCGUCCUUCUGAACAGAUCACCAGCUUUCGCUACAUCAUACGGUUCAUACUAUUCUGGAGCUUUUGCCCCGUCAUACUCUCAAGGUGCAAUCAUCAAGUCUGACGCAAUUAGCCAUGAUGCAGUUGAAAUACCAGCAGUAGCUAACGCCCCUGCACCUCAUCAUGAAGUUACCAUCGCUAAAGAAGUUCCAGUUCCAUACUACGUCCAAGUUGAAAAAAGAGUUCCAUACCCCGUUGUGGUUCGUGUACCACAACCAUACCAAGUAACUGUAGAAAAACACGUGCCAUACGCUGUGCAAGUUAAUGUAGACCGUCCAGUUCACGUUCCUCAACCAUACCCAGUCGAAGUUGAGAAGAGAGUACCAUACCCAGUUGAAAAGCCAGUACCUUAUGAAGUGAAAGUCCCAGUCGACAGGCCAUACGCAGUUCCAGUUCCAGUUGAGAAACCCGUGCCAUACGCAGUUGAAAAGCCAGUCCCAUACCCAGUGCGAGUAAAUGUUGACAGGCCAUACCCCGUAGAAAAGCCAGUACCAUACCCAUACCCCGUCGAAAAACCAGUGCCAUAUGCCGUAGAAAAAGCCGUGCCAUACCCAGUAGAAAAAUUAGUCCCAUAUCCCGUAGAGAAGAGGGUGCCCUAUCCAGUCAGGUACGACGUUCCAGUUAAAGUUGCAGUUCCAGUAGAAGUUAAAGUACCAGUAUCUGUGGACAGACCAGUCCCAUAUCCAGUAGAGAAGAGAGUGCCAUACCCAGUUCAAGUUCCAGUUGAAGUUAAGGUCCCAGUCCCGGUUGCAGCCCCGGCUCAACGUUUCGCCACUGUCCACUAUUAUCAACAAUCUCCAGUCGCUUUAGGAUAUGAAUCCAGUGCUCUUUAUGGUCAAUCUGGUUACAAAGCAUUCUCAUCUGGUUUAGCUCAAGGUUCUGGAAGUGCAUUGUACAGCUCUGUUCCAUCAUCUGGUAGUGCAUUCUACAGCUCUACUCCAGCGUCUGCUGGUGCGUUCUACAGCUCUACAGCUAGCCCAAUAAGCACAUACAGUUCAACUGUCAGCCCGGCUGGAUUCUACGGCUCAAACGUCGCCCAAGAAGGUUUCGUUGGUUCAUCCGCAGCUCCAUUCAACUUCGGCCAACAAUCUUUCAUCGGAUCUUCGACACCAGCUCCAUUAAACACUUUCUCCGCUGAUUCAGCAUCAUCUGAUGCAUCAUCUCUAUUCCAGUCCAGAAACAAUGGUGAUGAGGAAGUCGCCAUUGGAAGUGCAUCUUUGAAGUCACAGGAAUUGAAAGCAAACAACUUUGACGUUGUCAAGAAGUAA